AUGGACGCUGCCUCUGGUUUAGAGUGGCCGGAGGAUGGGAGGCCCGCUGCCGUGGCCUUGGAAUUCCCGGCGAGGGAUCCGGCGACUCCAUUAGAGUCGGCUCCGUCCAGGGCACCGAGGCGGCUCCGGAGAAGGGGCACGGGGAAGAGUGCCCCCACAAGCGCGGAGGAAAUCGAGGCCAAGCUAAGGGAGGCGGAUCUCCGGAGGCAGGUAGAGAACACCUCCUCGUACGACACCUCCUUAGGAUUGAGAACUCUCGUUUAUUUUUUUCUGCAUAUUCUCGAGGUGAUGAUUUUGCCCUUAGCGUUUGCGGUUAAAUCAACAUCAUUUAUAACGUGGAUAAUUCGGCCUUUUCCUUCUCAUUGUCUCUCGACUCAGUCGCUGUUGGAUAGAUGCCCAAUCAUUUCGCAAAUGCAGUUGCUGGGUGCCUACAUAGAGUUGAUUUAUACCUCUUGUAACGAUGAUGCUGACAGUUUAUUUUUCUCUGAUUCACAUCUUUAUUUCAUCGAUUUCCAUCGAAAGUUUGAACAAAGUGUUGCAUAAAUACCACUGAAUUGAUUGAAGCAUUACGACUAGCGCAUUUAAUAAACUGAAGUCAUGAUAAUGGUUAACCUGUUCUAUAAGUUAGUUACCCCAAAACGGACUGUCAGAUUGCAGACCUCAAUUUUUUUGCAUUCUUUUUAAGGUCACUUUCUAUAUUUGGCAUAGUGAUGAGAGGUCCUAGCAUCUCGGAGCAGUUUUUUGGUUAUUGUUGAGAUAAGGAUUAGAGUGACAUUCGUUAUUUUCCAGUUCUUUUGCUUAUACACUUGAUGCUCUUACUAGUCGAGUUUUCUUAUGUUCCUUCUAGUCUGGGUCAUGUGAUUGGGUUAUUGAUCUUUGGAUAUCAUUAUCUGUUCCAUUUGCUGGAAGUCCGUCAUUUGUUUUUCAUUUUCAUCGUUUUAUUUUAGUUUCGUUAAGAUCUUGGGACGUAUUUGGAUAAUUUUUUGUCUAUUCAGUUAAUUUUGGUCAUUUAUUUUACUUUGAUUUUUACUCCUUUAGAUAGAUUUUUAAAGUUAUUGGAGAUUCAUUACCUGCUUUCUCAUUUCUUUCAUUCCUUCCCUUCUCUCUUUACUGCCACCUGCUUUAAAACUUUCAGUGAGGAUUCUCUUUCGUCGGAGCCCUUCAAUGUUUUCGGUGCAGAUUAUUUUCUAUAAUUUAGGUUUAGAAGAUCGGGACUCUGAAUGCCCGAGCCCUCAAUUUUUGUCUCCCAUUUGUCUGCGAAGAUCCCUUUUCUAUUAGCUUCAAAAAGUUAUUGUGUCUGAUCUCGAAUGGUUUCUUCGAUAGAAAUUUCAUGAAGGGUUGUCAAGCAAGGCCAGAUUAAAGAUCAGAAGCCCAUCUCUCUCGUCCCAAGAUGAGGACCUAAGCCAACGGGUUGAAGGGAAACUUUGUGCUGCUGAACAGAAGAGGUAUUUUCCACUAACUGACGUAUUUUUUCUCAGCAUCUGGAAACUCCCCAUUUGAUUCUACGCUCUGUGGACAUUUAGUCUUCUGUGGAGCUUUUGAACUUUUUCUCUUCAUGUUUUCUGGUUUUCCUUCGAUCUGCUUACACGUUUUGGGUUGAUAAAUUCUAUAAGGUUCGUGAACAUUUGUUCACACCAGAUCAGUCCUUUUGUCUGCAUGUUUUCUUUAGCGCAUUAGUUGAAUAGAAUUUACUCCAAGUGGCAGGCUGAGCCUCUUACAGAAGGCAGAAAUGCGCUUAGCCAGACUGGAUGAGCUGCCACAAGCAGCUGAAACUGGUGCGGAGAUGGGUCUUCAAAAGGAGAGGAAAGAGUUGGGCACACAAGCUGAAUCGCGCAUCCAGCCGGGCGUUGCUAAUCGUAAGUUAGUUUUUAGGCUCAUAUGCCACGAAGGGCUGUUAUUCAAGAUAGGAAGGCUGAGUUUUUGAUAAAGAGGAUCAACGAGGAUACAAUAUACAAAGAUCUCACCCAAGUAGCAAUUUACCAACAACGUGCAGCUGCUGAACAGACGCGGUUCGGAUUGCUGGUCGCUGAAAAGACACAAGCCCAUGCAAACGUCAUGCGAGCUCGUCGAGUGGCCAAAUCUACAUUCCAUCAAGGAGAAAUGGAGAGGAGGAGAAUGAAGGAAGAUUUGGAAGAGCGGCUUCAGAGGGUAUGUGAAAGUUCAUCCUUUUUCUGGGAUCUGUUGCUAAUGUGUGCCAAUCAUGUCUGAAGGGAAACUUUAAAUUUACCAUAUUUAAAGUAGCUUCAGAAUGUACAACUGUGAUUUCCUUCUUUGACUGUUGUAUUUUCCAGAAGUCUUUUUAAAGAGUCUCCUUUUUAUUGAUUGAACGUACUUUUUUUUAUGGUUUAAUAUGUACAGUCUGUUUAUGAGUUUCUUACAAAGAUGCUGAUUAAAUAGGCAAAGAGACAACGAGCGGAGUAUCUGAGGCAGAGAGGAAGUCCUCGCUCUUCUUGUGAUGUUUUGUUGAACGAGAAGGAUGAGCAUGAUGACUUUCUUUCUAGAAAGCUAGCACUGUGAGGUUUUGAGUUUUUAAUCAAGGCUUUGUCAUGGUUUUUCUUCUAGUUAGAGAAUCAAGAAUUUACCUUUUAUUAAUUCAUGCUCAGGUGUUGGAGAUGGUUCGUAAAGUUUAGGAAGACUACAUUUUCCCUGGCCAAAUCCUUUGAGACUUUAAAGUUGAAUGGGGAUCUUGUCAAGUCUAUGCCAUUUGAACAGCUUGCUCAUUGCAUUGAAUCACCUGAAACUCUUGAGACUGUAGGACCUUUUCUUGAUCGGCUAGAAAGUUAUUUGAAAGUCUUGUUGUCAGCAAAUCCAUCUGGCCCGGAAAAUAUAGACCAUCUACUCAAACGUAUGUCAUCUUCAAACAAAAGAGCAUCAACUGAUAAACAAACACCGGCCAGAGGAUCGAUGAAAAAACUGUCCAAGAAAGAACUUAAAAUGUGUGAAUUACGUAGCCCUUUGAGGUAUCCAGUGAGACUGGUGCUCUGUGCUUAUAUGAUAUUGGGCCAUCCUGGUGCAGUUUUCAGUGGUCAUGGAGAGCAUGAGAUCAGACUUACUGAUUCCGCGACUAGAUUCAUUCGAGAGUUUGACUUGUUGGUUCGUAUCAUCUUAAAUAGCCCAAAUAGCAUAUCCUCAUCCAGACUGUCAUCGCCAGAUAUAUCAUCUCACCAGUUGCCUGGAAGACAGACGUUCAGAUCCCAGAUAGAGACUUUUGAUGCAGCGUGGUGUUCCUAUCUUUACUGCUUUGUGGCCUGGAAGGCGAGGGAUGUUAGAUCAUUGGAGGAGGGUCUCAUUAGAGCAGCCUGCCAACUUGAGCUUUCCAUGAUUCGGCAGAGUAAAUAUACUCCAGUGGAAAAGAACCUGGCCCUCGAUCCUGAUGUGGCAACCAUUCAAAGCCAGGUAAGUGUGGUUUAUUUUAUUUCAAGUAAAUUUGAGCUAAUCUUCACGCAUGUCUAUUUUUUUAUAUACUUAUUCCGAUAGCAUGUCGACCGGUGGGAUAACCAUGCUGAAUCAGUGUCUUCCCAGUCCUGUUGGCACUCAUUCUGUUUUUGUAUUACUAUUUUUCUAUAUUAGCCUUCGAUGUAUUCAUGUUUAGCUUUUCGUAAUAUGUUAUUUGGCUUCACACAGAUGUGAAAUUUAUCAUCAGUAUUUCGUAAUUACAUAUCAUUUUAUGUCUUCUGCCACAUGGGUGAUACAUUUACUUUGCUUUAUUUGUUGUACUUUUCAUUUGCCUUCUGAUAAUUGAUAUUUUAUUUUUGUAAUCAGUUGACCAUAUUUAUUUUAUUUUUUUAUUGAUGUUAGGUUGCUAAGGAUCAGCAACUCUUACGUCAGAAAGUACAAGAGCUGUGUGGUAUUGCUGGAGUUGAACGAAUGGAGUCAGCUUUGUCUAAAACACGGUCCAAGAGGUUUGAAAAGGAGAGUGGAAGUCCAACAAUUUCAACUGCCCACAUCUCUUCGGAGCAAUUGACGUCUGACUAUAAUGCGCACUCAUUGGCAGCGCCCCUGCCAACUACAAUGAAACAAUCUCAUAUCGAGCAUGGUGAUAAAUCAAACAGUGUUGUCAGUUCAUUGUUUGUAGCUGAGGGUUCUCCACCCAAAAACAACCCAAGCGUUUCAAGUGAGAAUAGUUCAAUACUUCUGUCUGAGGACAAGCAGUUCGUAGAGGAUGAAAUUCUCAUUAAUGAGAUCAUUCACCAGUGUGGUCAUUCAUUCGUUGAUAACUUUAGAUUCGACACCACUGGCAAUAAAGAAGGAAAUUUCAAGGUUAGAUAAUCCACUUUACUCACCUAUUCAAUUCUUCUCUAUUGAAAAUAACUAGCCUUCAACUCUGGGAUGCCAAUAAAGACAAGGAUGAAAAACUCAUCCAAGUUCUAACCGUACUGGUUUACUCAUCAUAUGAAAGACCAUAAUGCAAUUCAUUUGUGAAUUUGAAUUGCCACAUUGAAUGCUUAAUUUUGAUUUGUGAAAGGCUGGUUAUUUGCUUCAGAACGCAAUGCUGAUUGUAACCGAGAAUCAUUCAGUAUGGACAGAAUCUGUUGUAAUGCCUUGCUAAAGUAGUCGGCACCAAUGAAAAAUUGGCAUUUAUGUAGCUUGCAUUUUUUAAAUUGCUUGCAGGCAAAAGUAAAAGAGACAAUGGAGAAGGCAUUCUGGGACAUUGUGAUGGAAUCGUUAACAAGAGAAACACCUGAUCACAGCUACGUGAUUGAGCUUGUAAAAGAAAUACGAGAUGAACUCUGUGGGAUGGUUCCUAAAAGUUGGAAGGAGAAAAUUCUUGACAACCUUGAUCUUGAUAUUCUAUCUCAGGUGAGUCAUCUUUCCCUGGUCAAGACAUUUAGAAGAAACAGCCUCAUGUUCAUUACAGUCCUAGUAUAUCGAUUCUUUUUUAAAAAAAAUCCUAUUUCUGUUUCGUUUUAGUGUCGUCAUAUCGGCUUGACCUGUCAAUUUUCUCUUACCCACUUAUGUUCUUACUGUCUAUUAUUUGGCAUUGAAACUUUUAGUGAUCAUAACAUGAUUCCUUCUUCACAUUUAGUUACUUGAGCCAGGCUGAUAAGUCAAUUAUCUAUCUUAUCAGAAUUGUCGAUAGUUCAGUGAGGAUUUUUACUGGAUGUGCAUAGAUUGCAAUUAGUCUGGCUUUCUUGUUAUAAUGUAUUCUCGUGUUCUGUAUGCUUUUGUGAACAAAAUAAUUGAACAUUCUGUUCUGUCUGCGUGCUUAGGUACUUAAGACAGGAACUGAUGAUGUCAGUCAUCUUGGUAGAAUAUUGGAGUAUGCAUUAGGGAUUUUACUUAAGCUCUCUGCUCCAGCAAAUGAAGUGGAAAUAAAAAGAACCCAUGAAAGGUUGUUGGCUGAAUUGGCAGAAAUUGUGGCCCAGAAAAAUGAUAAGACAAAUAGCUCUUUUGUAACUGCAGUCGUCAAAGGUCUGCGCUUUGUUCUGGAGCAGAUAGAGGUACACAUUUCUUCUUCAAUGUCGAUCCAAGUUAUAUAUCCCCAUGUUGUAUUAACUCCAAGUUUUGGUGUCUGUUCGAGACCCAAAAACCGUUCCCUGUUGCUCUGAUUCAUAUCUCUACAAGUUGGAAGUCAUAUUUCUUUUUGUGAACCAUUCCUGUAGGAAUUUCGGUUCUUAUGUUCUCUGUAUUCCCAUUUCUCACAUUUCAGGAAGUUAUUUGCAUUCCUUGUAGACCAAUUUCUAUGAAAAUGGGUGUAGUUUUUACUCUUUGAUUCAAUUCUCUGCAAGCCCUUUCUUUUUCGUUGGUGUCUCUCAAUGAUACCCGCUAACAAAAGGAUAGCCAGGAGAAGAUGUUGGGAUGGAUGGCAAUGAAGGCCUGGUGCGGUCUUCUUUUGAUUAAUAUCUGAAGAAAAAAAAAAAAAACAAAGGAUUCCUAUCAAAUUGCUUUAUUUAUCCUUUAAGACUGAAGCAACUUGCUGCUCUUUGCUACGUAGAACUUCCUGCCAUUUUACAUUUUUAUAAUGAUUUUUACAUCACUCGCUUCAAUGGGAACACGUUUUCUACUCUAUGUUGGGUUUUUCGUUAAUGUUAUCGGCGAUGAAUUUUUCUUCCUUGGAAAAAUAGCGUUUUACUGAAAGGCACGCAACCCUGACAGGUGCUUCAGAAGGAGAUCAGCAGAGCGCGGAUACAGAUGAUCGAACCAUUUAUAAGAGGCCCCGCUGGAGUGAUGUAUCUGCAGAGGGAAUUCACCAAUCGCCAUGGGGCUCCCUCUGAUGCGGCAACAACUCUGACUCGCACUGCUCAGUGGAUCUCAUCUACUAGGGAAAGCUUAUCGGAGUGGAAAGAACACAGCGAUAUGUCCAUGGCCACUGCCCAGGUUAGUACCUCAUCUCUUAUCGGCAGGGGAAGAUGGUUGUCGACGAAAGUUACGUGAUUAAGCUGAUUUUACCAUGGUGCAUCAGACCCUUGUGCCUGCCACUGCCCUUCGGAGCGGGGGGAACAUUUCUUCUGCAUGCAGCAGCGAUGGCUCUUCAAUGACGCCAUACUCUUCCUCCCGUAAUGGUAAUUCCUAGUGUUCAAAUUUUUCUCAAUCUUUGCGUCCAUUUUUUUUAACUAGAAAUAGAUAUAUUUUUUGCGGUGGGUGCCUGUUAAAAUCAUGGACUCGGCUUGUCAGAGUUCUUCACUGGUGGUGCACUACCUGAAUGCAAAGGCGAGACGGUAGACCUGCUGGUUAGGCUCGGCUUGUUAAAGCUGGUCAGACGGAUGGAAGGGCUGACCCUGGAUGAGAUACCCGAAACCAUGGAGCUCAACUUUCGAAGACUGAGGAAUGCCCAGAUCAAGUUCCAGAGGAUAAUCGUCAUCUGCACGAGGUCGGCAAACCGCCCUCUUCUUCCUUCUCCCCUGCUGCACUUCACCUCUCUCCUCUGAUACAAAAAUGAGUCUCUCUCUUCAGCCUCCUGGUUCUCCGCCAGACCCUUCUCGGCGAGAACCCGGCAGCGGAGGUGGAGGAGGCGGUCUCCCGUUCGGCGAAGGAGCUGUGCCGUCUGCUGGAGAACGACGACGCUGACGUCGGAGUUAAGGAGAUAAUCGAGACGCUCGUUGCCAAGGGGCGGCAUAUCCAGUCCCAAAGGGAGGUAAUGGCCAAGGUGCUGGCCAAGAGCGUGCAGGAUGGGGACGGCGUGUUCUGCAAGGUAGCCGGCGCGGUCUACACGGCGGCGCGCGGGGUGUUGCUGGGCGGCGGCGGCCCCGGCGGCCGCGUCAUGGCGGAGUCGGCCCUCCGGCGCGUGGGAGGCACCGUUCUUACGGACCAGUUGGUGGAGAUGUCCGAGGCGCUCGUGGUGUUGGCCGUCGUCUCCGGCCAGGUCCACAGGGCGUGGUAUGAGCGCUUGAUUCAAGCUUGA